ACAAACAAGAAUGCGUCGUCUGCAAGAAAUACUUUCAAUCCUGUGUCUUCUCCUGGCCACUUACCAAGUUCUUGGAAAUAAUUGCCUUAACUUUCGAGGCCACAGUUGCGUACCGCGUCAUAGGUGCCCGCAUUAUAUGGGUUUCACAACUCUAAUACAAGGCAACUAUGGAUGCCCAUCCACGAAUAUCUGCUGUCGCAAUCAAAAUAUAUAUUCUUACAGGUCAGACGUGGUCAGCAAUGAGGCGGUGAGCCCCGAUUGCGGAUGGGUCAACAGCAGAGGCGUGACCUUCGCCAUAGAUGAUCUAGUAGACCUGGCCCAGGAGGCCGAGUUCCCAUGGAUGGUGGCUUUGCUCGAAGUAAAUGGCAAAUAUGUAGCUGGCGGCGCCCUGAUCUCUUCCGAUUUGGUCAUAACGGCCAGACACGUAACCCAUAACUAUAACGCAAACCAGCUAAUUGUGCGGGCUGGCGAAUGGGAUUUUGAAACGAAAACCGAGCAACUGUCUCAUGUUGACGCUCGCAUCCGGUUGAUUGUUCGUCAUCCUGAUUAUAUCGAAGAAACCGGAGCCAAUAAUGUCGCUCUUCUGUUCCUUGAAACACCGCUACGACUCACAAGGCACAUUAACCCAAUCUGCCUGCCGGCGGAGGAUUGGCACUUUGAUAACUCCCGCUGCAUCUUCAGUGGGUGGGGCCACCAGUCUUUUAGCGAAUACAGAUACAUGAACAUUUUAAAGAAGAUGGAGUUCCAGGUGGUUCCCGGCGAAAUGUGCCAGGACCAAAUUUGGCCGAAUUACUCAAACCGUUUCCAGCUCGACAACAGCCUGAUGUGCGCGGUUGGGAGACGUACAUUAGGCGGUGGCAUGGUUGGUUCUCCGCUGGCCUGUCGCCUUCAAAAUGAUCCCCAGCGGUACGAGCUGGCCGGCAUUUUCAACUUUGCCUUUAACAGCAAAAUCCCAGUCGUUUAUACCAAUGUUGCCAAACUUCGAAGUUGGAUUCUCCUGGAGGCCCUAACAAAUAUCUUUUCAGAUAGGGAACAAACGCAAAUUAACGCGAGAAAUAACGUUUAGGUCAGUCAAUCUACAAUAAAUAAUUUCAGCUUGAGGCCUCCAGAAAACAAGUUUUUUAAUUUAGCUGAAAAAUGCUGUUAUAAAUACAAACAUGUAUAGACAGAUGAAAACGGCAGGAUCGACUCAGCUGGUGAUGCUGAUUACUAAUUUAUAUACUUUAUGAGGUCGGAUAUGUCUCAAUCCAAACCAACUGUUCAGUUUGGAAAAAAAAACUUCAUAAACUUCGCUUAUAUAGUAUUCUAAAGGCCUUAAAAUCGGAAAUCCAAAAAUGUAAUUUGCCCUAAAAAUCUUGUACAUUUAAUAUCACUUGAAUGAAUCGUUGGAUUGGGAUGAUUUUGGGUUUUCUUAGACUACAUUUUCUAAAUAAAACUUUAUUUUGUUUUACUGCAAUCUCUAGUAAUCCAACAGACUUGUGAGAACUUUUGUAUUCUUAUUUGAAUUUCAUUUGAUUUAAAACCUUUUAGGUUACCAUUGAAGACGAUUCACUAAUCCGUAAAAUGC